AUGAGGAUUCGAUUUGGACGUACGCUUCGUCUUGUACUUGCACUUGCUGUACUUAUUUUAAUGGUACCAUUAUUAAUGUUCAAACUUGAAUCAGCCAAUAAUCACUCUGUUUCUGAUGAAAUUGUAACUGAUUUUAUAAAAGAUGAAAAGACUCAACCUCUUAUUAAUUUUAAACAGAUUGAAAAAUCUAGAGAACGGUUGGCAAAUAUUAGUUUACAACCAGUAAUGACUAAUUCACUAGGAAACUAUGAACCAGCUGAUGCACCUCUAAGAACUGGUCCAGGAGAAGGAGGUGUUCCUGUUAUACUCACAGCCGCUGAAGAACAGGCAGCUCAGCGAACAAUUGCAGAAUUUGGUUUUAAUAUGGUUGCUUCUGAUAAAAUAUCAAUGGAUAGACGUAUUAAAGAUACGAGACCAGCUGAAUGUAAACAUUGGUCAUAUCCAAGUGUACAAUAUUUACCAACAGCUUCAGUCAUUCUUGUCUUUUAUGAUGAAGGUUGGAGUGUAUUGUUACGUACUGUUCAUAGUGUUAUUAAUACAUCACCACCUGAAUUAUUAAAAGAAGUUGUUCUUAUUGAUGAUGGUAGUGGUGAAGCGGAUUUAAAAAAACCAUUAGAAGAUUAUAUAAAACGUUGGAAUGGUCUUGUAAAACUUUACCGUACUGGACAACGUGUUGGUCUAAUUGAAGCACGUACACUUGGUGCAGAAAAAUCAACGGGUGAUGUGAUUGUUAUUCUAGAUGCCCAUUGCGAAUGUGUUAUUAAUUGGCUUCCACCAUUGUUAACACGUAUUGCACUUAAUCGUAAAGCAUUAGCUGUUCCUAUUGUAGAUGGACUUGAAUGGAAAACAUUAGAACAUACUAAUAUCUAUGGUUCAUCACUUUUUCGUGGUAUUUGGGAAUGGGGAUUUUUAUAUAAAGAAACACAAGUACCAGAUCAAGAAUUAUACAAAAGAAAAUAUACUUCUGAACCUUAUUGGUCACCAACACAUGCAGGUGGUUUAUUAGCUAUUGAUCGUCAAUGGUUUUUUGAAUUAGGUGCUUAUGAUCCAGGUAUACGAGUAUGGGGAGCCGAACAAUAUGAACUAUCAUUUAAAGUUUGGCAAUGUGGUGGUACUGUUGAAUGGGUACCAUGUUCACAUGUUGCACAUGCUUAUCGUGGUCCUCGAUCACAUUCAUCAUAUGUACCCGGUACAAGUGCGCAUCAAACAUCAAUAAAUCAUUUACGUUUAGCUCAUGUAUGGAUGGAUGAAUAUGUUGAAUAUUAUUAUCGACGUGAACCAGCUAUUCGUACAUUAGACUAUGGUGAUAUAUCUGAACGAAAAGCACUUCGCGAAAAAUUACAAUGUAAAUCAUUUAAAUGGUUUAUGGAAAAUAUUGCAUAUGAUGUUCUACAAAAAUUUCCACCACCUUCAAAAAAUAUCGUUUGGGGAGAGUGUCGAAAUGUUCAACAUUCUGUUUGUUUACAUGAUCAAGGUGCUUCAUUUGGUCAACCGAUUGGUGUUUCUGCUUGUUAUGGACAGGGUAUAUGGCGUUUGAAUGAAGAAGGCGAAAUAUCUGCUGGUGAACAUUGUUUUAUUUCUGAUCAUGAUAUUGUAAAGAAAAAAUUCUGUUUGGAUCAUAAUGGAAAAUGGAAUCCAAUUGGAGAAUGGCAAUGGGAUAACGCAACACAGCAAAUUCGUAGCAAUAAAGAACAAUCAUGCAUGGAAACAGAUGGCAAGAAAUUAAAAUUAGCUACAUGUGAUAAAAAAAAAACAAUCACAAAAAUGGACAUGGACUGA